AUGUCAGCCGACACUGUGGCAAAAACCUUUUUUUCUGUAUGGAUUUCACGGUUUGGGGUACCCGAGUACGUUACCACGGACCAAGGACGGCAGUUCGAAUCUCAAUUAUUUACUGCAUUAACAAAAUUCUUGGGAACUAAAAAGAUCCGUACAUCACCGUACCACCCGAAUUCCAAUGGACUUGUCGAGAGGUUCCAUCGCUCUCUUAAACAGGCCAUUAGAUGCCAUACUGCUAUUCACUGGGUUGAUGUCCUUCCUACUGUGUUGUUAGGACUCAGAACGGCUAUCAAAGAGGACCUGGGUUCUUCAAGUGCUGAAAUGGUUUAUGGUACCAAUUUACGUUUACCGGGAGAUUUUAUAAAUCCCGCAAAAAACUCACCCAAUGUCCAGCCCCAUGCAUUCCUCAAACAAUUGCGCGUGAAACCAUGGCUGCAUUACCCUAAGCCCACAAGCAUACAUUCUUCAAGACCUGUGUUUGUGCCUAAAGAACUCGCUACAUCCUCACAUGUGUUCUUACGGUGUGAUGCAUCAAAAAAGUCCUUGGAGCCUACCUAUACAGGCCCACACCUAGUUCUAAGUCGCACAUCCAAGAACUAUCGGAUACUAAUCGGCGACAAAGAGACAGUGGUGAGCCUUGAUCGUCUCAAACCAGCCUUUAUCUUAGCACCACAAACUGUCGAGACUGGUACAUCAGUCCCACCUCCUUCGAAGGCACCUUCAUCUAUUGGGUCUACACCAACAUCUGCUACUACGUCAGUUCCUGUGCCUGGAUCCCAGAAAACAAGUGCUCCUCAGUAUACACGUUCCGGACGUAGAGUCCGAUUUAACCCUCGGUACCUUUAA